AUGGCAGAUGGCACUGGUCUGGAGCUGGCAUGGAAGCAAACAUUGAUGCUGUGCAGCCAAGCCAUCACAGAGUAUGGCCUGCGACAGCAGUGGCGGGAGUCAACGCACUUGCUGGCAGUCACAAACGAAGAAAGCGUCGCCCCAGACCUUCAGCUUUACAAAAAGGCAGCCAAUGCAUGUCGCGAAGCUGGUCAGUGGGAAGCCUGCGUGCACAUGCUUCGCAACCUUGGCCAACUACGACAAGCAGGCCUGCAAGCCGACGUCGUGAUUGUUGGCACUGUAAUGGCUAGUGCUGCCAAGCUUGUCUCCUCCAAAGACCCUUGGGACAUGGCCACGCUGGCAAAGUGGCGACGCGGUUUGCACAUCCUGCAGGGUGCCGCGCAGGAUGGAAUUCAGCCCGAUCCGACGUUGAUCGGAAUUUGCAUAUCUGCUUGUGGCAAGGGCAAAACAUGGGAGCCUGCCAGCUUCCUACUGGCGGACAUGCGCUGGAAGACUCUGCAAGUGGAGGAUGCAUAUGCAGGAGCACAACUUGCCGCGUUGAAUUGCGACAAUGGCUGGCCAUCGGCGUUGGCACUAUUCCGCGAUCUCCGGCAUCGGCCGCAGCUGGCGCUGACCACGGCGGCUUUAAAUGCAGCAAUGCUCGCUGCCGAUCUUGGGGAAAGACCGGGCCGUGCACUUCGUCUCCUCCUAGCGGUCCAGCGGCUUGGCCUCGUGGAGACGAACGUGUUGAGCGUGACGAUGGGCUUGACCUGUUUGGAUGAGAUGAUCGAAGGAACGAGCUGCGAGCCCCCUAGCCGUUGGGUGGCCUGGGAGAUGGCAUCCAGGAUUUUCGAUGAUUCUCGGAAGAAUGCCGUGGAGCCGAACCGAGUUACCUACACCUCCCUGGUAGGCCUACACGACAAGGCUGGGCGCUGGGAGUUCGCACAGCUAUUGGUUCACCAGUCACGCUUGGCCCGUGUGGCAUUUGAUUCGGCUGCCUACCGAGCAGCAAUGCAGGUGACGCUGGGCCAGUCGUUUGCGGCUACACUUGCAGAGAAUUCGCCUCUCUCGCCACGGAUCAGCUCCCAGGUCCGCAGAAGAGAAGACUUGGCCAUGAGCCGAUCGCUGCUGCGUGUACCCCUGGCGACGUCCCUGUCGCGAACCACCAAGGCGGCUCUUCCACGGUAUCGCCUUGCACCACGGCAAGACGACCUGCGACACGCGACACGCAGGCCAGGAAGCUGGGACGCAGCGAUCUGUGACGAAGAGAACAUCGACCAUGAUGACGAGAACCUGUUUCCUGACGACAGCGCGUCGCUAGCUACCCGGGACCCUUGGUCUUGGGUGCCACAAGCAGGCCCCAGCUACUACGAUGAGUUUUAUGGGCAGAUGUCCAACAACAAAUGGAGAGCCAAGUGGUGGAACCCAGCCGCAGGCUUGCCUCAGCAGCCCGGGCGACGGGCCACCAUACAGGCAGACAUUGCCCAAUUGGUUGCCAGCGGCCAGCCCAAGGAGGAAGUCUACCGCGCCAUCCGCGAAGCCUACGAUGUGAGCGGCGGCUUCUUGGACGAGGAGGAGGAUGACCGCGACAAUUCCGAGAGAUAG